UCUCUUUCUGAGAGACUCCCAGUCAAAAUUUUACAGUUAUCCCGCGAUCGAAAGUUUUGUUUUGUAAUUUCGCGGAUUCUUUGUUAAAUUUUCGGUAACUCCUCUUUUCCAAUUACGCAACAUGUCCGAGAAAGAAGAAGAGUUCAUCCAAUAUCUGACGGAAAACGGCAUAUUUCCUAGACUGAUGGAAAUACUGAAGCAAAUGGUCGAUACCGAUCCUCUGCCAACUGAUCCGUUGAUGCACAUUUUGCAUUUACUGGGCUGUCCCCUUAUUCCACAGGCUCAAAUGAAGGCCUUGGAGCGAAAGGUGUCCCGUGCCCACGAUGAAUUGCGCUAUUUGCGACGUUUGAUCAUUGACUUGGAUGGCGACGAUCAGCUUUACGAUAGCGAAAGCGACGUGGAGGAAUAUGUGGGCGAUGUGGAGGAUACCAGUUCCUCUGCCAACGAAAUUUCCCUGGGGGAAAGCAACGAGUCCCAUGGCGAUAACUCUUCACAGCAGAGAUUCAUUGUCAACUCAUCCGUAUCAUCAAUCAAGGAAUCCGAUUCUUCAAAUCAAUAGAGCCAUACAUUUUAUGUAAUGCUUACAUAUCUUUAACUGCCAUAGUAUUUUGGUUGUUUUACUAUUACAUUUUGUUUACUCAAUGCAUUCUAAGGCAUUUCAGCAUGAAAACCUUUCCAUAUAUAAUAGUAAUAAGUAACGACUAGUAUGGUAUAAAUGAAAAGUUGUUUGAACUUGCCUGAUCAAAAAAUCAUGUUGACCAUUAAUAAAGCUUGUUUUUUUUGUUUCGAAAAAA